GCUUGGAUAACACAUAUACCUCACAGCGGGCCCCACCGAUUCCGGCCACAGUGAUUGUGGUUCUCUUUCUACGGAAUUUAGAGCAAGCUGCACUUGUGGUGCGACGCAACUCGCUUAUAAAUUCCGCGGUAGUUUUUUACACUACUAACCUCGCGAACACCCGUCAAAGACAUGCAACUCCCAGUAAAAUCCAAACGGUCCAUCACUUCUCUCUUGGCAGCCCUGUACCGAAACCCGCCCCACCUGCUUACAUACGCCCCCAUCUUCCAGUUCUUAACCGGCAACCCCCUCCUCAAACAAGGCCAGCAGGUCCAUGCUCACAUGACCCUCCGUGGUCUUCAGCCCGACGCCUUCCUUGGUGCCAAAAUGGUCGCUAUGUAUGCCAGCAAUGGCGAUCUCAUGUCUGCCCACCAACUGUUCGAUACAAUUCCCCAACCAAGUUCCCUUCUCUAUAAUUCCCUCGUUCGAGGGUAUUGCCGAUGUGGUUGCCCGGAAAGCACCCUCUUAAUCUUUUGCCAAAUGCACUCUCACGGCCUCCGCCCCGAUAAUUUCACUUUCCCUUUUGCACUGAAGGCCUGCGCGGACUUAUUGGAGCUUUUGAUUGGUAAAUGCAUUCAUUUACAAUGCUUGAGAAGUGGGCUUGAGUUUGACCUUUAUGUUGGGACUUCUUUGAUUGAUAUGUAUGUAAAAUGUGGUCAGAUUAAUGAUGCACGCCUAUUGUUCGAUAAAAUGCCCAUGAGAGAUGUUUCGUCCUGGAACGCUUUAAUAGCAGGUUAUAUGAAGUAUGGGGAGAUAUCUGUUGCAGAGGAACUGUUUGGGGGAAUUCAUAGGCGGAACAUUGUUUCUUGGACUGCAAUGAUCUCAGGGUAUACUCAAAAUGGGCUUGUGGACCGUGCGCUGGAUAUGUUUGAGGAGAUGCGGAGGGACAGUUCAGAGGUGAAGCCCAAUUGGGUAACGAUCAUGAGUGUCCUCCCCGCGUGUGCACAUUCUGCUGCUCUUGAGCGUGGUAAAAGGAUUCACAAUUAUGCUAGUAGCAUUGGUUUGGAUUCGAACCCUUCUGUACAGACUGCCCUCAUCGCGAUGUACGCUAAAUGUGGAAGCCUUGUUGAUGCACGUUGUUGUUUUGAGCGGAUGCUUGAAAAUGAGAAGGGACUGAUUACUUGGAACACCAUGAUCACUGCCUAUGCUUCUCAUGGGCGUGGUUUGGAAGCCAUCACGACCUUUGAAGAUAUGAUAAGAGCUAGACUUCAACCAGAUCAUAUCACCUUCACGGGGUUGUUGUCUGCAUGCAGCCAUUCAGGUAUGGUCAAUCAAGGCCUAAAAUAUUUCAACCUUAUGAGCAAUGUUUACUCUGUUGAACCGAGAGUGGAGCAUUAUGCUUGCAUUGUUGAUCUUCUUGGCCGAGCUGGAUAUUUGGCUGAAGCUAAGGAAAUCAUUGACCAAAUGUCAAUCGAAGCUAGUCCGAGCAUUUGGGGUGCUUUAUUAUCUGCCUGCCGAACUCAUGGUAAUUUGGAAAUUGCAGAGAUAGCCGCUAGGAUGUUGUUUAUAUUGGAGCCAGAGAACACUGGCAACUAUGUAUUGCUUUCGAACAUGUAUGCGGAAGUUGGAAAGUGGGAGGAAGUGAACAAUUUGAGAGCUCUUCUGAAGGAUCAAGGAUUGAACAAGAGUCCUGGUUGUAGUUGGAUUGAGAUCAAUGGAAAGGGUCACGUGUUCCUUGGAGGUGAUAAAUCUCACCCACAAGCAAGGGAGAUUUACAUGCUCUUAGAAGCUCUGCCGAAGCAAAUAAAGGCAGCCGGAUAUGUACCAGAUACUAGUUUUGUGUUGCAUGAUGUUAGCGAAGAGGAGAAGGAAUGCAAUCUCGCAACGCAUAGUGAGAAGUUGGCCAUUGCUUUUGGGCUUCUUAACACGGAUCCUGGAACAGUUCUUCGUGUGACGAAAAACCUCCGUAUCUGCGGCGACUGUCACACUGCUACCAAGUUCAUCUCAAGAAUCUAUGGUCGAGAAAUAGUGGUAAGGGAUGUGAAUCGGUUCCAUCAUUUCAAAGAUGGAUCUUGCUCUUGUGGAGAUUAUUGGUGAUAUUGAUGAAUAAAGUGAGCUGGAACUAAGACAAAUGAUGGUUGUAGCACCUUCAUAGAUAUUGUAUUUGGUUUGGAACAGAAGAAGAAUUCACAUAAUUUAAGUAAAAAAUCUUGGAAUGCGAGCGUGAAAAUGGCAUUAAUCCA